UCUAGCGCUGUCUUUUUGGUCCCAACGUGGGUCCGCUGGCGAUGGCGGCGCUGGUAGCGGCCGAGGCCGCAGACUCUUGCAGCCGAAACGGCCCGGGCAGAGGUCGAGCCCCUCGGGGCCGCUUGGCCAAUCAGAUCCCAGCUGAGAUCCUGAACAAUCCCCAGCUGCAGGCGGCCAUCCAAGUCCUGCCUUCCAACUAUAACUUUGAGAUUCCCAAGACCAUCUGGAGGAUCCAACAGGCCCAGGCCAAGAAGGUGGCCUUACAAAUGCCCGAAGGCCUCCUCCUCUUCGCCUGUACCAUUGUGGAUAUCUUGGAAAGGUUCACAGAGGCCGAAGUGAUGGUGAUGGGCGACGUGACCUACGGGGCUUGCUGUGUGGACGACUUCACUGCAAGAGCCCUGGGGGCUGACUUCCUGGUGCACUAUGGCCACAGCUGCCUGGUUCCCAUGGACACCUCGGCCCAAGACUUCCGGGUGCUGUAUGUCUUUGUGGACAUCCGGAUAGACACUGCCCACCUCCUGGACUCUAUCCGCCUCACCUUUCCCCCAGCCAGCGCCCUCGCGCUGGUCAGCACCAUUCAGUUCGUGUCAACCUUGCAGGCAGCUGCCCAAGAGCUGAAAGCUGAGUAUCGUGUGAGUGUCCCACAGUGCAAGCCCCUGUCCCCUGGGGAGAUUCUGGGCUGCACAUCCCCCUGCCUACCCAAGGAGGUGGAGGCUGUGGUGUAUCUUGGAGAUGGCCGCUUCCACCUGGAGUCUGUCAUGAUCGCCAACCCCAACAUCUCCGCUUACCGAUAUGACCCUUACAGCAAGGUCCUGUCCAGAGAGCACUAUGACCACCAGCGCAUGCAGGCCAACCGCCAGGAAGCCAUAGCCACUGCCCGCUCAGCUAAAUCCUGGGGUCUCAUCCUGGGCACUUUGGGCCGCCAAGGCAGUCCCAAGAUCCUGGAGCACCUGGAAUCUCGGCUCCAAGCCUUGGGACUUCCCUUCGUGAGGCUGCUGCUCUCUGAGAUCUUCCCCAGCAAGCUCAGCCUCCUUCCUGAGGUGGAUGUGUGGGUGCAGGUGGCAUGUCCACGCCUGUCCAUCGACUGGGGUACAGCCUUCCCCAAGCCGCUGCUCACGCCCUAUGAGGCGGCGGUGGCCUUGAGGGACAUUUCCUGGCAGCAGCCCUACCCUAUGGACUUCUACGCCAGCAGCUCCUUGGGGCCGUGGACGGUGAACCACGGGCGGGAUCGGCUGCUCCAGGUCCCAGGCCGGCCGGGCCUAGAGAAGGUUCAGGGGGGGCCCGCGCGCCCCUCUCCAGCCGCGGCUUGCGAGGCUUGCAGCUGCAGAGGCGAGGAGGUGUCGGCGAUCGCUCCCUGAGACGCUCCUGGUUCCCAGGACCCUGCCCUCCGGAGGAGCAGCCUCGAGGCUGGUGGUUUUCCGAACAGGAAGCAGACGUUUUCUUGGCCCUGGAAGAACCCACGGCGUGCAGAGGUCUGGAGGAAGCUCUGGGAAUGGUGGCACAGGCACUGAACAAGCUGGGGCCUUUCGAUGGGAUCCUUGGUUUCAGCCAGGGGGCCGCGCUAGCAGCUCUUGUGUGUGCCCUUGGCCAAGGCGGUGAUCCCCGCUUUCCUUUGCCCCGGUUUGUCAUACUUGUAUCUGGUUUCUGCCCGCGGGGCCUUGGCCUCAUGGAACCCAUCAUGCAGGGCCCCUUGUCACUGCCUUCCCUCCAUGUUUUUGGGGACACUGACGGCGUCAUCCCCUCUCAGGAGAGUAUGCAGCUAUGUAGCCGAUUCGAUGGAGCCGUCACCCUUACCCACUCUGGUGGCCACUUCAUUCCAGCAGCCGCACCCCAGCGCCAGGCCUACCUCAAGUUCUUGGACCAGUUUGCAAACUGAAAGCUCUGUAAAGGCCUUUGCCUUUGCAUCCCCUUUCCACUCGACCACCACCCGCCACCCACCCCCGCCCCGAACCAUGACCUUGAUGCAACCUCUGUAAUCCCUGCGUUUAUUUUCCUACCUAGAAAUCUCCCCUGCUAUUAGGGCACCUCACCAUCUCCAAUUAAGAGACAAAUAUCAGUACUUAAGACUCAAAUCAUAGAAGCCUAGCUCUGCACUCCAAGAAAAAAAGGGGGGCAGGAUUAGGAGGCCUCAGUGGACUUCGACCUUGGCAUCCUGAAUGAGUGGGGGGUGCCAGGAAAAGCUGAGACCGGCAGUACUGACUACCACACAAUAAAGUGAUUUGGAUUUUGA